AUGGGCCGGAGAGAUAAACAGUCGCAGGCUUCAGGGUGCUUAUACACAAAGACUGAGCGGACUGAAGCUGUGGGGGUGUACCUCGAAUUGUGGGGAUAUAUACCGGAUGCGAGCAGAUACGAGCUACUUGUCAAAGGAUCCUCGCCCAAGCGAAAGACUAGCACCAAAAUAAACCCGAAAGGCAGAAGCAGCUUCAGAGUCAAGAAAGUCUCUGCGAAUUCAUCACCUCAAGUAUGCGUCUCAAACGUGUCGCUGGUGCUGUUUGAGAUAUCGGCUGGUGCCGGACUUGGCUUGAUUGUGUCCUUUGGGGAGUAUGUAUUGGGCAUUGCCGGUGAUAUGAAAGGCUAUGAAGGGUUGCUCUCUUGCGAGGAAAUACGGAAAGGUGGACCUGACAAAUGUUGCGGAACACCACAUGCCGCUUGCCUCGAAGUAAUACCGUAUUGA